AUGGCUGAGGGCAGUGAGGGUUGGUCGCGCGAGGAUGAGCUUGACCUAGGCCAGGAAAAUGAUCACCAGCAACCCGAUCAACCCGACCAACCCGCCCUCGACCACACAUUACCUUCCCCGCAUGAAUUGGUGGAAGAGGAAUUGGACACGAUAGACAAUACAGAGGACAAUGAUUCUGAGCGAACGGUGGAACCCAAACAUUCCUACCUCCUCGAAACACCCCCGCUGCGAAAUACAAACUGGGCCGCGACCGGGAGCGUGGAUGGGACAGGGUCAAAUCCAGAUGAUUCCCCGUCCUUACAUGUGAGUAGUACAAUUGGCGCGCAACCAAGACCGCUAUCUGAUCGAUUACAGGGCUCCGUUCCGUCUUCACUGAGCAGCAGCGCGCUCGCUUUCCGAAGCUCCCCCGGAAUCAGUCCAAGUCCGGCCCGCCGGCCUUUUGAUCUUCGCUUCCAGUCCCGCCUGUCUUCAUCCCCGCAGAGUGUAUCUCGAGCUGGCUCGCCAUUCCUGGCGCAUCUUCACUCCCGACAGUCCUCAUUUACCAGUCAAGUUUCGCCGACACCAGAAACAGAAGCCGAUCCGGUGCAGGGGCCUUGGGAUGUGGUGCGAUGGACAAAGCUGCGGAAGAUCACUGGGCAGGCGUUUUCAGAAAUCGGGAAGCGCAAUUUCGGGCGGCCGACUUGCCUCGCAGUUUCCACGUCGAUUGUGAUAGGUACAUCUAAAGGAAUCAUUUUGGUGUUCGAUUAUCAGCAGAGCCUGAAGACCAUUAUCGGAACAGGAACCCACGCUGUUGAAUGCGGGGCUGUGAGCACUCUGGCGCUCUCUGCAGACCAUUCUACGAUUGCAGGGGGCCAUGAGUCUGGUGACAUCUUCACCUGGGAGAUCUCCCGCUCAGCAAAGCCUUUUCUUCACAUUCCGCCCAUCCCGGCUAAUCAAGUAGAAACUCGAGCGUCUGAUGGCCAUCUUUCAGGAUCUACGGUCAUCCACAUAGGAUUCCUCGGUACCAGACGCACCGCGCUUGUGUCGGCUGAUACACGUGGCAUGGCUUUUUCCCAUCUGGCAACAAGAGGCAUGGGCGCUGUGGGGCGAACGGUCAAGACGAUCCGAAUCCUGGGUCGAUACCCUCAGACGACAGUGGAGACCAAACGGCGAAAGCCCAGCUCGGUCCUUGCUUUCUCGCCCCUACCUCUCGGCAAUGUAGAACAAUCCACUGAUUCGUUGGGUCUGGUUGCCAUGCUGACACCUUACCUUUUGGUCAUUGUAUCCACCACACCUGUGGCUCAAACACAGCACAAAGCUCCCCGACCAAAAGAAGUCCCGGCUCAUAGCGCUAUGACCGGUGCCCUGGCGUGGUUCCCAGCUAUCCGGCUCAAGGGCAAAGACUCCCAGACUUCGAACACAAAGCUUGUUUACUGCUGGUCAAAUGUAUUGACUGUGCUGGAAGUCACGGAAGCUGAGUCGGACGAGCCUGCGGACAAAGAAAAGCCUCCCAGUCUUGCUUUCAGGGCACGCAGCAGGUGGAGGGCAGACGAAGCCAUUGUGGCUGUUCAAUGGCUGAGUCGCUCGGUGCUUGCGGUAUUCACAAUCACCCAGCAGCUUCUGAUCAUUGAAGAUUAUUCCAUGCAUGUGACCGACUCACUCGAUCUUGCCAACAGACACAUCUACCACACGGAUUUGUUCUCGUCACAGCUCCAUUCACUGGUUGAGCAGCUUGACGAGGAAGACGACUCAAUGCAUGGGGUAAUAGCUGAUGCGUUCCACAUGAGUUUCCGGUCCUAUAAAGGACGUUUAUUCCUGCUUGGCUAUAACGAGGCUUUGGUGGGCAAUCUAUCCAAUUGGGCCGACCGACUGCUCGCUCUUAUGGAGGCAGGCGAUUUCAUUGCAGCAAUUCGACUAGCGACCUCAUACUACACGGGCAAUGCGGAGAAGCUGACGGUUGGGCUUCCCGAGGAGGAUGAUUUAAGACAACCAGUUGUCCAAGACAAGCUUCUUGAAAUGAUUUCCGCGUCCUUGAAGUAUGCUUUUGGUCGCAAUUCUGAAGCCAGCAAUGGCCGGCUUGAGAAUCAGCAACUAGAGGAACUAGCGGAAGUGUCCAUCGCGGCCUGCAUCCACAUGUCUGACGAAGAGUUCCUCUGGGAGGAGGUUUUCAACUGGUACGAGGAGCAAGAAUCUCCAGGAGUAUUCCUCGAUGCCCUUGAGCCCCGUAUUGUUGAUGGGACUCUGAGAUCACUGCCUCCCACGGCAGUCAAAGCCUUGAUAAACCAUUUCAUUGGAACCCAUUCGGCUGGCCGCUUGGAGGAGAUCAUCUGCCUACUUGAUACAACCACGAUGGAUAUUGACCAGGUGACCACGCUGUGCAAGCAACAUAACCUGUAUGAUGCUUUUAUAUAUGUCUGGAACCGCUGUCUGAUGGAUUAUGUCGGGCCAUUGGAAGAGCUUAUUGGCCUCAUUCCAUCUCAAACUGAACCUUUGGUAAAUGGUGAGUAUGCGAUUGAGAUGAGACGACAGAACAAUGCGAUGAAGAUGUUUCCCUAUCUUUCAUUCAUUUUGACCGGUCGCAUCUAUCCCACUGGGGACGAUAUGGUUGGGGCUGAAGCCUCGCGAGUGAAAACAGAUGUGUACCAAUACAUGUUCUCAGGACGUGGCUCCAGUGCUUCUCGUGGGGACCCUGAAACAGAUUCGUUCUCUGCACUUCGAGCGAUGCUCAAGUUCGAUUCAUCUAGCUUCAUGAGUAUGCUCAACGAGGCCUUCGAAGACAGUUUCUUGAACGAACCCGACAGCGAAGAUGUGCCCACUCCAGGCAUGUCGAUCAAUCGACAAUAUCUGAUUAGCAUUUUGCUUCAAGUCAUGUCCGACUCAUUCUUCACGCCUUUCGACACCAUUUACCUGGAUAUGUUUGUUGCGCGCAAUCUGCCCAAAUACCCCCAGUACAUUCUCCUUUCCGGCACGACCCUUCAUCAGGUUUUGGUUCGUAUAUGUCAAUAUCCCGAGCAGGAAAUGGCAGAAGAUUGCGAGCUGAGCGCAGAGUAUUUGCUGUCUUUGUAUCACCCUCCCGACAUACAGAGCAUGAUCCCUCUCUUCAAGGAGGCGCGCUUUUUCCGCGUUUUGAAGUCGACUUACCGCUCCGAAAAACAGUACGCUGAGCUGGUCACGACUUACUUGGAAGAUCCGAAUGACCGUGAAGCUAUCUUCACCUGCUUGCAUGAUUGUCUACGUGUUGGAUCGGGGCUCGGCAAGAAGCAGAGAAGAGAUGUUAUUGGCAUUGUUGAGAAACAUGCUCGCGAGAUCGCCGCAAUCGAUGUGACGCAGACGGCCCGGGCGAUGCAAGAGUUGGCCGCGGAAACCCACUCCACCUUCUUGCGUGUUUUGGAAGAAGAUCCUCAGAAGCAAUACCAAUACUUGCUGGUUUUGGUUGAGCCGCAUGCCCAAACACCUGAAGGCCGAUCCCCGCCGACUGUAGAGAACUGGAUGAUCGAGCGUUACGUGCAGCUUCUGUGCAAGUAUAAUCCUUCCCAUGUGGCGGAAUUCGUGGAUGGCCUGCGAGUGGGCGAUAUCCACUUGGAAGAAUUGCUGCCGUUCAUCGAAGAGAGUGGAGCCAUUGAUGCUGCCGUUAUUCUCCUCGCCCGACAGGGCCAAGUCCGCGAGGCCCUCGACCGUCUUGUCGCACAUUUAAGUACCCUGGAGUCAGGGCUGGUAGGUAUCCUCCAAAGUGUGCGCGACAGUCCCGACUCAGCCAGCACUGCCGAGGCAAUCGAGGACCUAAUUGAAUCUCUCAAAAAGUACGCAGGUGUUGGAACUUGGCUCUGCCAGGGUCAAAGCAAGACGGCCAACCAGUCGCGUACGGGCAGCUCAAACGGCAAACGAAAUUCGCCGGCGCUCGAUCAGCCGCUCGCCUUCGACGAAACCCUCUGGCUUGAUCACAUCGAAGCCGUAGUCCGCAUCGCUAGCAAUGUCUUCGCGUUUAUGCAGGGAAACACCCAAAUUACCUCGCAACCUACCACCUCUCUCGGCGGCGAAAACGGUCGACUUACAACUUCCUUCCGAACCCUCGUCCAGCAAGUCUUCACCGCACUCCUAGCAAGUACGGUAAAAUCCAACCAAACCACUACAGAGCGAACGGAUAUGUCAUUCCUUCGCAUCCUCCGCGCCUUCCUCACCAGAGCAGCAACCUGGUCCUCCUCACUCCUUGAGCUCCGCGCCGUCCUCGCAUCUGUCUUCUCAGCAUACUCCUACGAGAAAUCUCUCCUAACCCUCGCAAAUGGCAUGCUCGACCGCGAUCUCUUUGUUCACGUAGACGAAGUCACCCGACUCCGCCAACAAGGCUGGCGACCACGCGGGCACGUCUGCGAAAUCUGUCAUCUCCGAAUCUGGGGUCCUAGCGUUGGUGACGCCCAUUGGACCGCCUGGCAAGACCGCCAAGCAUAUUCACACUCGCGCCGCCUCACCCGCCGCACAGAGGAUGGCUACAAUCCCUCCGAGCGAGGGAAAGGCAAAGCCGCCGACGUAGGGAGUCAUCCGUCUCGUUUGGAUGCGCACGCCCAGCACCAUCAGCAUGAACAUGAACAUGACCUAGAACACGAGAAUGAAACUGCAGUGUCUCGGCCGGUUGGACCGAUUCCUCCAGAACCGGUGGUUGUGUUUUCAUGCCGACACCUUUUCCAUCGCAGAUGCGUGCUGAAAGCCAUCAGCUCGGGUGGACGACCUGAAACUGCGUUCCGGCGUGAUAAUUCUGAAAUGUUCUGUCCAGCUUGUACAUAG